AAAGAUUUCAAAUUCUAAACGCUCGCGUCCCGAUGAUGAAUGAGUGACAGCGGCGAGAUUUGUCGCUGAAAGUCAGUUGGAACUCAAAAGCUUCAUCACAGUUCUGAAGCCGGGGGUUGGAGUUCACGUUUGCUCCUGUGCCCGAGGAAAACCCGCACGGUUUCUCCUGCUACUCCGGCUUCCUGCCACAUUCCAAAAACACGUUAGCACCUUAGCUUCAUUGUUUGUCUCUAUGUGCCCUGACACUGACUGACAAGCUGUCCAGGACGUACCACUGGUCUCGCCCGAAGUCCGCCGGGAUAGACUCCAUCCCGCCCGCAAUCUUAAUGACGAUAAAAUGAGUGGCCGGACGGAUUAUAAUUGGGGUUCUCCACCAGGCGGACUUCGAGUAUUUCAUUAAGAACCAUUUGAGCCUGUAGAACCGACGGAGCUAUAGAAACAUGAUGAACACGGCGACGAGCUAUGAGAAAUGGAUCAAUAACUGGACUACACAGGGGGCUGACUUUUAAUUAAAUGUGACCCACAUCAGUCAUCGUGAUCGAUGACCCAAUGACUGCCCUCGUAACAGCCGGCAGAAGCUUCACGCUCAACACUUCCCGACGAGAAAAAACAAUGCAGAAAAGACACGAGUCAAUGUUUUUGGCCAUCACCUUGACUUCAGGUCAGAAUCAGAAUCAGAAUCAGAAUCAUCUUUAUUUGCCAAGUAUGUCCAAAAAACACACGAGGGAUUUGUCUCCGGUAGUGCAGUUAGUAGGUCAGCCGCAAAUUAAAUGAGGUUUUGGUGGGACUAUUGACUCUGACCUGAAUUUUAAAAGCCACCUAAAAGAUGGGACUAAGUCAGCUGAUAAGCAUCUAUCUGAACAGCGUCUCAAGAAUCAUGUCGUCCCGGUAGCAGUUAGCAGCACAACAAGAGAAGCUUAAGAUCUUUCAUUUACAAGGUGCAUUAAAUGGAAAAAAAUAAUAAUACAAAUCGCUCAAUGUUGGUCGGACCCAAGAGGUGGAUGGAGAGGAGGUUGUUGACCGAAGCGCCCUUGAAACAGUUGAAAUGUGGCACAGGCUGAUGAGGCACUUAUUCGGGAGAACAGGUGGGCUGGAGGCAGACACGCACCCCGAUGCUUCGUGAUCGGCCAGGUGACAGUAGCUGUGGUAUGCAAUCCGAAUCCGAAAGCCAUUUUCAAGCCAGACCCAAAAAACAGUCAUUAGUUAUCUAUCGUCAACUUCACUCGUCCAAGAUGUGAAAAUCCAAAUCCAAUACAAACAAGAAGGCGGGAAGGGACUUACAGAUAAAUCGUUGGAGCAAAUACAGGUUCAGGUUUAUAUGGCUGGAGGGUACUGCAAAGGUGGGUGACGGACUGGCCCCGAGGUCCUGAGCAGGCAGAGCUGGUCGAGUAGAGCAAGGAAAAGCUCAAAACAAGGAAGCUACUAUUGAAAACAAGCCAAAAUCCAGAUGGCAGGGGGGUAAGGCAAAGCAAGAGACUGGUUGCGUACUGGUUUCACAAAAUGUGGGAGUGUAAACACAAGUUUAACGCUAGAAUCAAAGAUCUAUCCCAGCAAGACGCAAAAAAGCUGCUUCACAUGUUCAUUUUCUGUACAUUGCACUAUUGGGACUAAAUCUCUCUCUACACUGGCUUCCUUUGAUUCAUUUCGAAGAAGAGAAUGGUCUAGUCUAGCCCCAAGUAAUUAUUCUAGUCCAGGCCGAUAGUUCUAAUCUUGAAAGAAGGUAAUAUCCCCAAGAGGUGGUCUGGUCCCAAGUCAAGGUUCUUUUCCAGAGAGACUGUUCUAGUCUUGAGAAGAAGUUACUAGUUGCAAGAGAAUUGUCUAGUCCCAAGUAAAGGUUCUAGUAUUGAGAUAAGGUAACAGUCCUAAGAGAAUGGUCUAGUCCCAAGUGAAGUUUUUAGUCAAGUGUGAAGGUUCGAGUCUCGAGAUUAGGUAUUAGUUCCAAGUACAGUACAUGGAUUAGACCCAAGUGAAGGUUCUUGCCCAGAGAAAACGUUUUAGUCUUGAGAGAAGGUACCAGUCUAAAGAGAAUGGUCUAGUCCCAAGUGAAGGUUCUACUCCAGAGGAAGGUUCUAGUCCAUCGCGAAGGUUGAAUUCCUAAGGGAAGGUUCUGAGCUCCUAGUCCUGAUAAAGUACUUGUCCGAGGUGAAGAAUGUCAUUUUUUGCAUUCCACUGCCUUCUCCAGUUUAUCCAGCUUUUAUUUCAUCUUGAUUUCCAUUUUGUUUCCAAGCAUUAUUUCUUUCCCUCUACAAUGCAUUUUGGGUUUAUAAACUUGACGGGCCUUGGCUCAGGCCCCCUGAAGGUGGACGGCGGCCCAGACGGCGGCGGCGUGGACACCCUGAGCCACUCUCUGGCGCUAGUUCAGCGUCUGGAGGCGCUCCUGCUGCAGGGCAACGGCAGCGACGUGACACUGCGGGUGGAGACGCCCAACGCCGACGAGGUGAAGCUGAUGGCGGUCCACACGCUGGUUCUGUCGCUGCAGAGUCCGGUCCUGGAGGACAUGCUGCGGGACCGAAAUGGCAGCACGCUCACGCUGCGCGAGAGCUCCGAGUGCGCCGGCGUCUUCGAAAAGUUCAUCAGGUACCUGUACUGUGGCGACCUCUCCCUGCGACUGGACCAGGCCACCCCCCUGCACCGCCUGGCCACCAAGUACCAGGUGGUGGCGCUGCAGCAGGGUCUCACGCGCUACAUGACGCUCAACCUGGCCCGCGAGUCACCCUCGGGCCACGUGGCGGGAUGGUACGAGUACGCGGUGGAGGCCGGCGACGCGGUGCUGCGGGACGGCUGCCUCCAGUCCAUGGCCUGGAACCUGUCCUCGGUUCUGCAAAGCGACGAGUGGAACGGUCUUAGCUCCCAGCUGCUCAUGACGCUACUGCGCCGGUCUGAUUUGGUUCUACACAGCGAGAUGGAGCUCUUUGCCGGGCUGGAGGAGUGGAUUUCACACAACCGGCCCGACGGACUGACAGCAGAGAACGCACUGAGGGCGGUGCGCUACGCCAUGGUGCCGCCCCGAGAGCUCUUCCGUCUCCAGACCCAGUCGGCGGUCCUGGCCCGCUACAGGGAGUCGGUUCGGGAUCUGCUCUACAUGUCCUACCAGUUCCACGCCGCCUCCCCCGUGCACAUGGCCAAGUACUUUGACGUCAACUGCAGUCUCUUCGUGCCCAGGAACUACCUAGCCCCGCUGUGGGGGUCCUCCUGGGUGGUGGGUAACCCCACCCGGGAUGACCGCAGCACCAGCUUCCAGACGCAGCUCGGGCCCAGCGGUCAUGACGCCAACAAGCGGGUUACCUGGAACGUCCUGUUCUCGCCCCGCUGGCUUCCGCUCAGCAUGAGGCCCAUGUACACAGAGGCGGGCGCCAUGCAGCCCACGCGGGUCGAGGGCGGGCGCCCCCGCAUCAUCAUCACUCCCGCCACCUCCAGCGCCGACUUUGCCGGCGUGAGCUUCCAGAAGACGGUUCUGGUUCUUGCGCAGCAGCAGGGACGGCUGAUAGUCAAACACGUGUACGACUUCCACCAGAGCACCGAGGAGAACGGAGACUUCCUUGCCGACGCGGACCUACACCGCCGGACCUCCGAGUACCUGGUGGACGGGUCGCUGAUGCUCCACGUGGUCGUCAAACCCGUGUACCAGAGCCUCGUCGCCGGCAAGAACUGAUCACCCGCCCGUGCCAAUCGUAACCAAACCUUCCCCUGUCUAUUAUUGUCUUCGCGCUACGCCCGUGUACAUCGUCGGUCAUCCAGGUCACGACAAGCCGCAAACGUUCAGCAGAGGGAACCGGACACUUCCUGGUUGUUGAAGACGUCUCGACUUUAAUCCGAAAGACAGCUUUACUUCGAAAUACAAACAUCCGAAAGCGAUGGCGUCCAAACGUACAUGGCUUACGGUCCGCUUCCAGCGCUCUCCAGAGUGACAGAGAAACAAAACGCUCAUUCAUCAGCCGCACCCGCUCGCAGCGACGACAACGAUGACGACGAUGACGAGACCCCUGUUGUGACCACCCACCAGAGAACAUUUUGAAGUAAAGAAACCUUUGGGAUAAAAAGACAAAACGUGUUCAACAACGCGGUCCAGUUGCCCCCAUUGCACCUUUGCGGUUUCGCUUCGGUUUCUUUCAUCUAGAAUUAAAGAGGGUUUUGCAGUUUUUGUUUCAACGACCCACCUCGCCCGAGUCAGAUCAUCCAAUCAGAGAAAGGUGGCAGUCAUUUGCCUUGCGCUGGCAUGGUAGGUUAAUUGACGCCUCUGAAUUGCCCCUAGGUGGGAAUGUGAGUGUUUGUACGUGCCCCGCGAUUGGCUGGCGUGCCCCGCCUCCUGCCCGUAGAUAGCCG